GGGCCGGCACUAGGCGGGCCGGAGGAUGAGCCAGCAGCCGGCGGGGAAGAUGUCGGCGGCUCCCCUGGCGGCCGAGGCGCUGGAGCCGGCGGCGGGGAUGCUCGAGGGCCGCCAGAGGAAGCUGGAGUCCAUGAUCCGCGACCCGCGCUCCCCGGUCAACGUGGAGAGCCUGCUGGAUGGCUUGAAUUCUUUGGUCCUUGAUCUGGAUUAUCCAGCACUGAGGAAGAACAAGAACAUUGAUAAUUUUUUAAAUAGAUAUGAGAAGAUUGUGGAAAAAAUCCGAGCUUUACAAAUGAAAGCUGAAGACUACGAUGUUGUUAAGGUGAUUGGAAGAGGGGCUUUUGGAGAAGUGCAGCUGGUUCGCCAUAAAAUGACACAGAAGGUUUAUGCAAUGAAGCUACUUAGUAAAUUUGAAAUGAUCAAGAGAUCAGAUUCGGCCUUUUUCUGGGAAGAAAGAGAUAUCAUGGCCUUUGCCAACAGCCCGUGGGUGGUUCAGCUAUUUUGUGCCUUUCAAGAUGACAAAUAUUUGUACAUGGUAAUGGAAUACAUGCCAGGUGGAGAUCUUGUAAACCUUAUGAGCAAUUAUGAUGUGCCUGAGAAAUGGGCCAAGUUCUACACAGCUGAAGUUGUUCUUGCUCUUGAUGCAAUUCACUCCAUGGGCUUGAUACACAGAGAUGUGAAGCCUGACAAUAUGCUUUUAGAUAAGUAUGGGCAUCUGAAGCUGGCAGAUUUUGGCACUUGCAUGAAAAUGGAUGAAACAGGAAUGGUGCGCUGCGACACAGCCGUGGGGACUCCUGACUACAUCUCGCCUGAAGUCCUGAAAUCGCAGGGGGGUGAUGGUUAUUAUGGACGGGAAUGUGACUGGUGGUCUGUAGGGGUUUUCCUUUUUGAGAUGUUAGUUGGUGAUACUCCUUUUUAUGCAGACUCACUAGUAGGAACAUAUAGUAAAAUUAUGGAUCAUAAGAACUCAUUGCAUUUCCCAGAUGAUGUGGAAAUCUCAAAGCAUGCAAAGAACCUUAUCUGUGCCUUUUUAACUGAUAGGGAUGUGCGACUUGGGAGAAAUGGGGUAGAAGAAAUAAAACAUCACCCUUUCUUCAGAAGUGAUCAGUGGAACUGGGACAACAUUCGAGAGACUGCUGCUCCUGUUGUUCCUGAGCUUAGCAGUGAUAUAGAUAGCAGUAAUUUUGAUGACAUUGAGGACGACAAGGGAGACGUGGAAACCUUUCCAAUCCCCAAAGCCUUUGUGGGAAACCAGCUGCCUUUCAUAGGAUUCACCUACUACAGAGACAAUUUGUUGCUAAGUGACUCCUCUCAGUCUUGUAGAGAGAACGAAUCUGUGCAAUCUAGUAAAAAUGAGGACAACAAGGAGAAAAUGCUAUCCAAAAACAUCUGCUCCAGUGGAAAGUCUCUGGCUACAGAGCACAGCAAAGGGCCGUUUCAGAAAAAAUUAAGCAAGCUAGAAGAACAGCUCAGUAAUGAAUUACAAGCCAAAGAUGAACUAGAACAGAAGUACAGGUCUACAAGUGUUCGCUUAGAGAAGAUAGCGAAAGAGCUCGAAGAAGAGAUAACUUCAAGGAAGAAUGUAGAGUCUGCAGUCAGGCAGUUAGAGAGAGAGAAAGCUCUUCUUCAGCAUAAGAAUACAGAAUACCAGAGGAAAGCAGAACAUGAAGCAGAUAAGAAACGCAAUUUGGAAAAUGAGGUUAACAGUUUGAAAGACCAACUUGAAGAUUUAAAAAAGAGGAAUCAAAACUCUCAAAUAUCCAAUGAAAAAAUCAAUCAACUACAAAGACAAUUGGAUGAAGCCAAUUCUUUGCUGCGGUCCGAGUCUGAUACUGCAGCCAGGUUAAGGAAGAACCAGACAGAAAGCACAAAGCAAAUCCAGCAGCUGGAAAUUAAUAACAGAGAGCUACAAGAUAAGAACUGCCUGCUAGAGAAUGCAAAACUCAAACUGGAGAAGGAGUAUCUCAAUCUUCAGUCAGCUCUAGAAUCAGAAAGGAGAGAUCGAAGUCAUGGAUCAGAGAUUAUCAGUGAUUUACAAGGUCGAAUAUCUAGCCUCGAAGAAGAAGUAAAAAAUGGAAAGAGCGCAUUAGCUAAACUGGAAAUGGAGAAGAGACAACUGCAGGAAAAGCUCACAGAUUUAGAAAAGGAAAAGAGCAACAUGGAAAUAGAUAUGACAUAUAAAUUUAAAGUUAUGCAGCAGAACCUUGAACAAGAAGAAGCUGAACAUAAAGCCACAAAAGCACGAUUAGCAGACAAAAAUAAAAUCUAUGAGUCGAUAGAGGAAGCAAAAUCUGAAGCCAUGAAAGAAAUGGAAAAGAAACUUUUGGAAGAGAGAGCUCUAAAGCAGAAAGUAGAAAAUCGGCUGUUGGAAGCUGAGAAGCAGCGCUCCAUGUUGGACUGUGAUCUCAAACAAUCGCAACAGAAAAUAAAUGAGCUCCUUCGGCAAAAGGAUAUACUGAGUGAAGAUGUAAAAAACUUGACAUUAAAAAUAGAGCAAGAAACACAAAAGCGCUGUCUCACUCAAAAUGACCUCAAGAUGCAAACACAGCAGGUCAACACCUUGAAAAUGUCGGAGAAGCAGUUAAAACAGGAGAAUAACCACCUUCAGGAAAUCAAAUUAAGUCUGGAAAAACAAAACAAUGAACUCCGCAAGGAACGUCAAGAUGCAGAUGGACAAAUGAAAGAGCUUCAAGACCAGCUCGAAGCUGAACAAUAUUUCUCAACUCUCUAUAAGACACAAGUUCGAGAACUUAAAGAAGAAUGUGAGGAAAAGACCAAAAUUUGUAAAGAAAUGCAACAAAAGAUACAAGAGUUACAGGAUGAGAGAGAUUCCUUGGCUGCUCAGCUAGAGAUCACUUUGACAAAAGCAGAUUCAGAACAACUUGCCCGUUCCAUUGCUGAGGAGCAGUAUUCUGAUUUGGAAAAAGAGAAGAUUAUGAAAGAGCUGGAGAUUAAAGAGAUGAUGGCGAGGCAUAAACAGGAACUUACUGAGAAAGAUGCCACCAUAGCCUCGUUGGAGGAAGCAAACAGGACACUAACUAGUGAUGUGGCUAAUCUUGCUAAUGAGAAAGAAGAGCUAAACAAUAAACUGAAGGAAGCACAAGAACAAAUUACAAAGCUGAAAGAAGAAGAAGCAAAUGUAGGAAAUAUUAGAGCACAAUUUGAGAAACAGCUGUUGAAUGAAAGAACAUUAAAAACCCAGGCUGUGAAUAAAUUGGCUGAAAUCAUGAAUCGGAAGGGUCCAGUCAAACGUGGAGCUGACACUGAUGUACGGCGGAAGGAAAAGGAAAAUAGGAAGCUGCAUAUGGAACUGAAGUCUGAACGAGAAAAGUUAACCCAGAUGAUGAUCAAAUAUCAGAAGGAAAUAAAUGAAAUGCAGGCACAAAUAGCAGAAGAGAGUCAGAUACGGAUUGAACUGCAGAUGACUUUGGACAGCAAAGACAGUGAUAUUGAACAGCUUCGUUCCCAGCUGCAGUCACUGCACAUUGGGCUGGACAGCAGUAGCAUAGGCAGUGGACCUGGAGAAGCUGAGGCAGAUGAUGGAUUCCCUGAAUCAAGAUUGGAAGGCUGGUUAUCAAUGCCUGUUAGAAAUAACACAAAAAAAUUUGGAUGGGUUAAAAAGUAUGUAAUUGUAAGCAGCAAGAAGAUCCUGUUCUAUGACAGCGAACAAGAUAAAGAACAAUCUAAUCCCCAUAUGGUAUUGGAUAUAGACAAACUCUUCCAUGUCCGACCAGUCACUCAGACUGAUGUGUACAGAGCAGAUUCAAAGGAAAUUCCUAGGAUAUUCCAGAUCCUAUAUGCUAAUGAAGGAGAGAGCAAAAAGGAACAGGAAUUUCCUGUGGAGCCCAUGGGAGAGAAGUCAAAUUACAUUUGUCACAAAGGACAUGAGUUUAUACCUACUCUUUACCACUUCCCAACCAAUUGUGAAGCUUGUAUGAAGCCCCUGUGGCACAUGUUUAAACCUCCUCCUGCUCUGGAAUGUCGCCGCUGCCAUAUCAAAUGUCACAAAGAUCACAUGGAUAAAAAAGAAGAGAUUAUAGCGCCUUGCAAAGUGUACUAUGAUAUUUCUACUGCGAAGAAUCUGCUACUGUUAGCUAAUUCUACAGAAGAACAGCAAAAAUGGGUGAGCCGACUGGUGAAAAAAAUACCCAAGAAGCCUCCAGCACCAGACCCCUUUGCUCGAUCUUCUCCUAGAACUUCCAUGAAGGUACAGCCAAACCAGUCCAUCAGACGACCAAGUCGACAGCUUCCUCCAAACAAACCAAGCUAACUGCUUUCCGUGAAUGCAGACACAGUCAAGGUGAUAAUUUUCUUCCCAUUACAGCAAGACUGAAACAUAUCCCAAAAUAUAUUAAAAAUAUAUAUUUUCCUGAGAGAUUGUGCUAUAUAUAUCAGAGGUUUACAUUUUUGCUGCAAUAUAAAUUACUAAUCUCUGAGGGUUUUCCUGUAUUCUCCCGAGUGACUGAUGAGUUGAGGAAUGGUUGGUAAAUAGUCAAAGGAUAUGUUAGGUAACCUUUUAAACUCUGUUCCACAAAAGCUUUCUUGGCAAGACACAUACACUACAUUUCAUGAAAGGAUCGAGAGGAAUGAGUAUUGAAAUGGAAGAAACUGACUUUUCAGCUUUCGUAAAGAUGCCACCAGCACGUCUGCAAGUGAACUGGAGGAAGAUCCACCAUAGUGAUAUAGACUGCAUCUGUAAGAAGUGACCAUUAUACUGUGUAUAUAUAUUGUACUGUAAUACUGCAAGAGGGUUUUAAAAAUCUUUCCACUUUAUUUUUUUAUGCUUAUUAAUCAGAUACCGUUACUUAUUGCAGUUGCAACUAUGCACUUGUAUAAAGCCAUAAUGUUGAAGUUUAUAUCAUUCAUACACAUCUAUCAGAAGCUGCAUGUCAGUGUUCAGCAGCUAGUAUAGGUUUGAAGUAUAUACUAGUUUCAGCUAUGUCAUCAAGGGCAGUCCACUUUUACCUGUCUAAUUGCCUUAAUUUAAAUUUUUUCCAAGUUUCUUUUUUUUGCCCAUUCUUUCUAUUUAAGGAAAGUUUACCAGCUCUUAGGAUGCAGUUUUGCUUUGUGGCAGAAAAAAUAGUGCACUAUUUUUACACCUCGUAAGUAUAUCAGUGUCAACCUAUUUUGAAUGUAUAUUGACUGGUUCUAAGGGUGGAGAAGUGCUGGUUACAGGAACAAUGUCUGAGAGCAUGAGAUUUACCAGACCAUUUGCUUGUACAUGUAACUGCUCAUCCAGCCCUUUUUACAAACCUCAAUACUAGUUAUUGACUUAUAUUAACCCUCAUUAAGUGCUAUGAAACUUCAUUUUGCCUUGUUUUUGCAUACUCUCCUAGAUGUGUUUUUGAUUUUUUUUUUAUUUUAUUUCUGGAAAAUAAAAGAAUCUGUGACUAUUUUUACAUUUCACAACACAAUAUCCGAGGACUGUCACAAACUUUAAGAAAAGUAAAAUAUACUGUAGAUGUAUUUUAAAGUUUUAAUCGGGUUCUCUAGCACAUAUCUGUAGGCAUAGAUAAAUAUUUCAGUAGUGUGUUUUGAGAACUGAUAGCUGGGAAGAAAGGGCCUCAGAGGCACUUAAUCUGACCUUUUUUUUAACUUGGAGUUGUACAAAAAAUAUAAUUUAUGUGGGCUCAUUCAUGAUGUGUUCAUAAUUAUCCCAGAAAAUGCAUGUUUUAUACAACUACAGUAUGUGAUGUUAAACAUAUUGACAGUAAAAAAUGUAGUCUCCUAUUUGGUCUCUUUAUAUAUAUAUAUAAAUAUAUAUAUAUAUUUAGAAUAUAUAUAUAUAUAAAAUAUUGUGUGGGAGUGCAGUAAUUUAAAAUAUGAUCUAACACUUCAAUGAAGGAGGACAUUUCACUUUAAAAUUUUGUUUGUUUGUUUUUGUUUUUUAAAGAGUGUUGAAAUGUUUGGAAGGAUAGGACCAUGUUUUAUUUAACACUAUCAUGAAAGGUGGACUUGGAAACACUGAAAUACUGAAAAUUAAUAAAUAUAUUUACAUUUUGUAACCUCUGCUACAGUUCAGCUUAACAAAGCAAGAAUGUAUUCAGUCUUCUAUUUAUGCACUCACAAAGUAAAAUGUUGUUUGUGAGUUCUUAAAUUCAAACUAAAACUUUCAUAUCAUUUCUCUUAGGUAUUAUAACCCAGAGCACAGCUACAGUGGUUUUUCCUUGCUUGUUUUGAUUUACAGAAGUACGGUAUAUUUUUAGAUAAUGCAGAUUUGCAUAGAGUACAACAUUAAAAAUGUAUACAGUAAAACUGUUUCCAUUCACUGAAUGCAUAAAUAUUUUAUAUAUAUAAAAAAAAAAUGUUACAUUGCGGGAAGUUCUAUCCUUUUCUGAAUUGGAGAAUAUUAUAUAUAUAUAUAUAUAUAUAUUUUUAAAUAAACUAUUUGAGUAAGGUAAAAUAGUUCCUGAACUUGAGAAGCUGGUUUUAAAUGGAAAUAUUUAAAUAAAAAGAUAACUACUGCAGCAGAUAUGGGAAAGGCAAGGGCUGCUCCAAAGGCAGCCCAGCAAAGCCUGUGUGCGGAGGAAGCGCAGACUCCAAGGGAGCCGUUUUGCAGCUCCUCCACUGCUGGGGCUGGAUCCUUUGCACUUUCUCUCCCUGGCUUGCCCUCAUUUUCUGUGAAUCCACAGGGCCCUGCUAAGCCUGACAUUUUAGGAAAUGUACUAUGUUAGAGUAUUUGCUAGCCACAGUUGAUAAAUUCCGUGCUUGUACAAAUGGUCAUUAGCUGUACAUACAGCAGGCUGUACUGAGAUGGUGUCGUGGAGCAACACGGGCUGAGGGGGAGCACAGGGGGUCCUGUGCUCUGCCCUCUGCCUCAGAGCAGAGCAAACUUAGCACAGGUUCCUCAAGGCCAGUGGUCUGAGGUGCACAAACCUCACUUUAUACCCAGGACACAAAAGGCAAAACUGCUGUUCUCUUCUUCUCCCUUAUUCAGCUGUGAAAUGCAAACACCUCUUUAAUGCUAGUUCCUGGAGAUUGUGUUGUUUCCUUAUUGUCUAGUGGUGACAUUUUAACAUUUUUGAGAGAAGGGUAUAUUCAUGAACUAAGGAGUAUUUGUCUUGAAACUCACCAGUGUUUUAACACUUUUUGUACAGGCUUGUCCUAAGCAAACAGGACAUUUUUAUGGCCUGAACCACUUACCUAUAGAAAAUUCUCUUAUUGCAAGUCCUUUUGUCUUACAAGACUAAACAAAUAGCAUAGCCAGCAGAUUAAUCUGGAAAAAACAGGGGACAAACUUGGAGCCAGAAGCUCAAGGCAACUUGCUCAUUGGUUCCAAAUCCAAGAGCUCACUUGAACAGGAAAGGCAGACCCCAUUGGAAUUACCUUGUCAGGUGCCAGACCUUUCUGCAGCUUUCUGCAGUGAGACAUCCACUUCUGUCCUAGCUGUGUGCUGCAAUUCCCGAGGGACCUCUUGUGGUCCCUGCCAAAGUGCAGCCCCUCCCAGCACUGCCAGCAAUCCAGCACCACCUCUGCUUUUAACUAGAGGAAAGCUAUGGUGGUUCUUGUGCUUCUGAGCACAGCUGAUGCUGUAACCAAACACAUGACAUAGACUCACAGCAUGAUGUAGGACUUGGAAAUAUGCAAGAGGCUCAAGGAUCUUAUUAGUGACAGGGGCUAAAUUUAAAAAAACACUGAAAUUUCACUGCAAGUGUCUAAAUCUCUUAGUGCCUCUUGAAAACACUGAACCUCCUAAAUUUUGACAGUCAUUCAGUGGCUCUCUGAAGGCAUCAAGGCCAGGGAAGCUGCCAUUGAAAUUAAGUGCUUUUUCUCUUUAGUUUCUUUUUGGUUUCUAAUGUCAAAUGGUCAUUAGGAAUUUGAGCAUUUCUGUUUGUAAUCUUACAAUGUAUUAGUUUCCCAUCUUCUAGCUUUGAGAAAUUCAUCCUUGGAAGAGGCCUAUAUGUUUUGGUCCCAAGUGCCUUUACCCAUCCUGUGCUUGUGAGGUGAUAUUUGGGAUGCUGCUGUGAAAAGGGAGAACUUACAUGAAAGCAAACUUCUUAUCUGCAUUGCUCUUACAAACCCUUAAUCACCUCCUUAUUCUGUUUUUGAGGCAGAAGAACAAACUGUACAAGGUCCAGUUCAGUGGAGUAUUUCAGUCUCUUCCACAUUCCUGGAUAGUUUGCUUUGACAUUCAUGUUAAAAUAAUGAUUAAUUUAUUUUUUCAUGUAAUAGAAUAUAUCAAGUUGGAAGGUACUUUUAAGGAUCAAGUCCAACUGUCUGCUCCUCACAGAACUACCUAAAACUAAACCAUAUGACUAAAAGUGUCAUCUAGACAGUCCUUAACCUCUGACAAGCUUGGUGCUUUUUUCAGUGCAUUACAGUUUUUUUACAAAUUAUUAUCUCUGCACAUAAUAUACUUUACAUUGAAAACAUUAUUUCUUAUUUUUUAAAAUUAUCUUCUGAAUCAUUUAAGGUUCUAUCAGAAUCCCAAGGAUCAUAGGGUUUGCCUGCUGCUUUGAAGUACCCCUCAUGAGGGUGGGGAGGAGUCUUCUUUUCAAUCUCAAUAAAGAAUGUUGAUGGAGUGGUUCUGAAACUACAAUUUGUGUUCCAUGUUGAAGUUGCUUAAAAAGUGGACAGGUGUAUGUAUAUACUCAGACAUUCUCAUCUGAAAAAUUAGACAAGUCUACUGAAAUGUGUGUGGCAGAGAACACUCAAAAUACAGCCAGCCCAGUUCUCCCCAGAAACUACUGCAAUGAAUGGAAAAGCUGUAACUGUAGAAACAUAGCUCCACAAAGUGGGGAUGUAGAGAAAAUAAUGAUGCUAAUUACCAGGUCUUAUAAAUGAAAAUUUGUGUUCAGAAUAUUUGCCACUUUGUAGGCAGGAAGCAGUGUUUUAUGAAGGUAAGAAAGCCACUCUUCUACUUGAUAUUGCAAAGGUGAAGCAUUUGACUGCAGCUGCUUCUGCUCCAAUAAUCUUGUAGAAGCUGUAAGAUUAAAGUGAUCUUUCAAGAUGAAAGUCAUGAUGAAAGGUCACAAAAUUUCAGUUGUAAGUGUAUGUAGUCCUGAUCUCUUAAAAGAACUCUGGAAAGACACACCAUCACCCUGAAAAGAAAGGGCAGAGUCCAGUAAUGUCAUGUCCCUGCAACCCUUAGUUGUUGGAGGAGCUGCACAGAAAUGCUUUCACAGCCAAGACAACUGCAUGGAAUGCUUCAGUCCUACCACCCUAUUUUAAGGUCUAGGCUUUCAGUGUUUGUUCAGAGAUGUGAGCCUACUUCUAUACAUAGUCUUAUAUUGCCGCUGUGGGCCUCAUGUCAUGUAGUUCUGGGAAUUUGGCAUUGCUGUUUGGGGUGGUUUUUGCCCAGGAUGCUCUUGCACCACUUAGUAAGCAUGGCUAUCCAGGGAGAAGUACACCAGGCUUGUGAGAUCAUGGCCAGUUCUCUUUUCCUUUGGAUCACCAACAGUCCAACUGCUUGGACUUUGGCCACUGAAUUGCCUUCAAUAUGUGUGACUUUUUAUUAAUAAGUGAACUGGUGGAAACUUUUUUUGGAGUUACCUGAAAUACGAAAUCCCAUAAUCUUUGUAAGACUGAAGGAGCUGGGUACCCCACCAUAUGAGCCAUGUUUAUAUUAGCUCACCUUGCGCUGUCUCUGACCUCAAUUGUUCCAUUUCCCAGUGGGCUCUUGGAGCAGGUCUUGCAGCUGGGUGCAGGUCAGGCUGCAGCUUCAGGACUUGAAUCUGCUUGCUGGAUUCCAUGGUCUCAUGUGUCUGUGUGAUUUUUCCAGCAUAUCACAAUCCCUGUGUCCUGGGGACCACUGAGAUUCAGUAGGACCUGUGUAGCCUUUAGUCCAGUCGGGAGCCAUGGUGGGGAGGCUCCCCUACCUGCUCUGAGCUACAGCAAGGCAAGUUGUAUUGCUGGAAGGUGGGCAUUUGUGCUAACUUAAACUAGCAAUGCUGAGAGAGGAAAAUACCUUUGAGCUCAGAGAGUCCAUGAGUUGUGCUGACAGUGCAUUUCAUGAAAAAAUAAAUUAAAAUCUCACAAAUCAGACUCUUGAAAGUCAGACUAUUCUGUAUACAUAAUCUGUAUAUAGUCAGCUGUUUGAAGGUGAAAUAAUUUCUCACCAGUAACUAUUUAAAAUAUGCUUUACAGAAGCUCAGUUAGUGCUUCGUUAAAGAGUCAUGAUUUACAUGACAGAGGCAACACUGAGGCAUAGGAUGUGUGUUCUUCCAUUUAUGAUUUUCAUAUAGUAUGAAUCUUGGUACUGCUGGCCAAAGCCUUCACAUUCCAAAGCAGAAAUCUUGUACAUUCCAGAGCAGGUGUGUGCACAAAUAACUUGUAAUUAUCAUAAAGUGGUAAAUAGAAUUGAUUUUCAGCAUGGAGCUAUGUUACUACUCAGUUUGAAUCAGAAUCAUCAUUAGCCAAUUUACCUUGUCACAUUUUAGGCUGGUGCAGGUUCUGUCUUUUACAUCAUUUUCCAGAAUAUUUGACAGAUAACACAAAGUGUCUGGCCUCUUAAAGCUCCCUCCAUGUGAGUCAGUGGUACCACAUAAUGCACUGAAGUACCUAUUUAGGCUUCUGACAAUUUAAGACAGUGCUAAGAUGAAAUAAGGAAACAAAACAGGAACAAAAUUGUGACAAUUACUUAAACUGUCCUUCAGGUAUCCCAAAUUAAAUUUCAUCAAAACUAUGAUGUAAAAAGUCUCUUAUUUUACCCCGGCCCAAAGAUUGGAUUUUUUUCCAAGACAGAGAUGUUUGCCCCAAACUAAUGCCAAUGUAAAAUGGAAUAGCUGACACCUUUAAAUUGAAAAUGUCUGUAUAUCUGUCUUGCCAUUAGGCAGGAAACACCUGAGGUCCAUUGGGACUCAGGUCUGCGGUGCUGGCAAGGUCUUGCAAUUGGAUCCAUCACAAGUGAUGAUCUAUCAGAUUCUUACAGUGAUGAUCACUGUAGCUCCCAGGCAUUUGUUUGACUUCAACAGCUGUCAUCAUGGAGAACUCUGAAGUGUCCUAGAGAACACUGGCUCAAAAUCAAGCAGUUAAAUUCAGUACAAACCAAGAAUUUUAUAACAUCCUAUUUUAAGAUUUUUUUCAUCUUCUUCACCUUGAAAAAGUGAGACAUCCUUGAACCAUUAUUAGUGAUGAAGGUGACAUUUGAUGUUCUGCUUCAUACAUAAAUAUGAAUUUCAAGUAUGGAAGAAUUUGGAAGAGAGUGAAAAAAACAGCCUGAAGAGAAUUUGUAGGAAAGUCAUUAUUAUUCAUCAUCAGGAAAAAUGCAUGACUGGGAAACUACCUCAUUUCAGUUAUCUCCACAUCUGUGGAGCUUUUCAUUUAUAAUAGUUCCUUGAGUGAACUCAGCUGUUACUUCCUUUUUUUUUUAUUUUCCCCCUAUUACAUAUGUGACUAAAUGGAUAAUGAUGGGUGGAGGAAGAGUAAUUUUACCUCAUUUAAAGAAGUGAGUGAAGGUAUUCUAUAAAACUGGGGCCAUUCAGCUAAUUCUGAAUUACUUUCUCCAGGGUCAAACUGUACUAGAAUCCAGCUCUAGAUCUGCAGUGGCUGGGGGGUGUCGCUGCCUCCCCACCCCACUCCUUUCUCUCCUGUUGCAGUAGAUCAGAGCAGAGCUAGCUCCCGGAGCACAGUGCACACUAAGGCUGACAGAGGCUCAGGAGUCAGGCAGGGACAGGGACUCCUGAGCAGUCCAAGCAAUAGCAUCCCUUGCUGGGUCGGAGCAGCACGAGGAAAGACAUCUGAGUCCACUUUGCACAGAAAGCCCAGUGUUAGGGAGACUCAUAGUGUGGGGAGAGGAUGGUUUUGCAUUUGUGAUCAAUGUUCUGUUCACUGAGGACAGUCCAGAAAAAAUAAACUAUACACAUCUUCCAGUGUCCACAUCUUCACUGUCCUGCAGCCUGCUGUCUGGACUCACAUCCUCAUUCUUUCAAUAGUAAAUCUCAUGGUAAAUGUUUUUUUCUCUCAUAUAGCUGUAGUGAGCUUCUAGCUUACCUGUUGCCAAAUCCAGUCAUAGUUCAUCAUAUCCACUGCUGGAGGUGUACUUGGGGUUAUUCAGUGGACUCUACUGGAAUUCAGAUCUUGUCUUUUCACAGACAAGGACACUCACAGUUUUUGAAAGCCCCAACAAGACCCACACUUUGUCAGCCAGACUGCAUUACCUUGUAAGCAUAUUGUGAACUGGUACAACUAGACACCGAGUGUCCAAUUCCACACUUGUACAGCAUCUGUGAAUGGAGUUGGAUUACCUGCAGCCCUGUGGGUAAGAGCUGCUUACUUGCUUAUACCUUCUGCCAUAAAUCCAAGAUGCUUUCCCCUCUUGCUUUUGCCCCGCUGCUGCAUUACACAUCAAACAAGCUCCUUGUGUCCACCCUGAUACUGGUGAAUGAUGAGUUUAACAAGGUUUAUCCUGUCUAUGUAUUUGUCUAAAGCUGUUGCCUUUAAUCCAGCCACUGAGAAGAUUAUUCUUUACCUCCUGAAAAACACAGGGUCUGCACUUUUGUGGGGCUUGCCUGGAACUUGAAUGUGCCUCUGUUUAUGAAAGUGAAAGAAGUAACUGAGAGGGGGGAAAAGUGUUUAAAAUUAUUUACUGCUACUUUAUGAUUUGUUCCAUAUCUCUUGCAGUUUGAAUGAGAACUCAUGGUCCAGCUUUCCAAGUCCACAAAAUUACUUUACCUUAAGUUAAUUAAGUACCCAGCUUUGUUUGUUUUCCUCAGUCUUUUUUUCCCACAGGUUUCUAAGGUGAUUUAUUCAAAAUGCAUUAAGUAACCUAUUAGGAACUGUUCCUAAAUGUAUUUUCUGUAUUUUAUGAUAAAAAAACAACUUGAGGUGCUGAUUCUCAAACCAAAAAUGGAGCAGCUUCAUUUUGCUACAGCAUCCCUCAGGAGAAUGAAAUACGUCAAUAACAGAGAGGGUUUGGAUUCCACACAAAUCCUUCUCUAUCAAGAAAAGGCUUUAAUUAAAAAGCAGGUGUGUUUUUUUCAUUUUAAGAUGCUGGAGCUUGUUAGCAUUUGGCAGGUCAAUAUUCAGCCUGAUGCUUCAAGUGUUAAGGUGAAAGCUGCCCAUUUAUGACUUGUAAUGAAUAUUUCAUUUUCUCUUCAUAUAUGGCGGCAAUAAAAACUCAAAUGCAAUGAAAAUUAACUGUAAGAAUGACAGUAUCAAUCUUUGAAGAAUAGCAUUUAUUAAUAUCACCUGAAAAUGUAACAUGACACUUGCCACCAUUUAGAUCACUUCAGAUACUUUACACAGCUUUAAUAAAAUAAAAAUGUUUACAAUUAAUCUUUCAACCAACACAGAAGGAUUGAUGUAUUUUAUUGGAGCAGUAAAAAAAAAGCUUAUCUUUGACUUGCUCUCAAUAAUGUGGGAUACAUGAAAGCAAUGCCCACAGACACGUCUCUUCCCAGCCCUUCCCACUAAAAUUCAGAGUAUGAAGCAGUUAUUUUCUGAUGGUGAAGGCCCUGCUCCAGCUGCUGCGUGCACACUGGAAGAAACAUCUGCUUUUGCAGAUCCCUUUGCUCCACAGCAGUCACACAAUUUAGAAUGUUCUGAAGAAAACCUGCCUCAAAUGUAGUCAAUGCAGUCUUCCCAUAUUUUUCAAGGGUGUUGGGAUCAAGGGUGCCUUGGUUUUUUACAUGGAAUCAACACAAUACUGUAAGAACUCUUUUGAAAUGUAUCUUUUAAUUUUGGGGAAUGUAAUGAGAAAUGAAGGCAAGCUGUAUGAAUACUAAUGUAACUUUUGGUUGUGAAGGCAGUACUUCCAAAAUCCCCUGUUGUCAAGAAUAUCCUUUCCCCCUUUUUACUCAAGUACAACAAAUUGAUUAGAAUUUCUGAAGUAAAAGUUUAAGUGAAGUCUGUGUUCUUCAACACACUUAGCACUGACAGGCCAAAACCUCAUGAACCACAGAGCAGUAUCACCAAAACCUGACAAGAUGGGCGAUCAGUCUGCUGAGAUGCAUGAAGGUGCACGUCACUGUCAGUAAGGAUGGUGUUUGGGAAUUCUGCAUAUGGUUCCAGGAACUUCUGCUUGAACAGCAUUUUUAACUGUUGGUUACAGUUUCAUUAAUUCCCAUACAUUCUAGUCCCUGCUGUUCCCAAAACAGUAUGUUCAGUGAAUGAGAGCUCACGUUGAAAAAGAAUUCAUGGUUGAGUUUUUGCUCUUAGCCGAUAUAUACUGGGUAUACUGAGGAAAGUGACUGUGGGUAUCCUGUAUCAGCUGUAUAAAUUGUACUAUUUAAGUGUUGCAUGUAAGUGCUACAAUCCCAACUGGAUUUGUGACUUAGUAAAAGACAUUUAGAAUCUUGUUCUGGAUUGGGCCUUGACUCAGAUUUUCUUCAUCCUAAAAUACAGACAGUUAAUGUUGAACUAACUGAGUUGCUUGCAAGAAGAAGACAAACAUCUGUUGUGGUUUUUCAGUCUUGCAGCAGAAGGACGAGUCAGUAUGUUGGUGCAAAAUUGAUCAUGUAUAAUUGAAGAAAAUUGCUUAUAUGUAACCAGAAAGUACUGAAGUGAAACCAGAGUAUAUAUACAUCUAAUUAUGAAAUACCUUGUAGUAAAAAGAAUCCAGAGAAAAUGUGGUAUCAGUGAAACUUGUCUGAAAUGACCAAUAAAAAUAUGCUGCUUAAAUUAA